CCACGUCGAUGCAAUCUGUGGUGGAUAGAGUUAAAGAGUUCAGAGACUCCACUCUGCAAAGCUCUUUCACUCACUGUUCGUUCUUCUAUCUCGAAAAUUCCCAGAUGAACUGGGGCCUCAAUCCUUCACAAAAAUUAGUUUAUACUCGACCAAGUUGAGAAGAAGAUUAAAACCCAGUAAUCCAAUGCACUUUUGAAGCUGUUUGAUGAGCUUAAAGCUUGUUAUAUCUCUGAGAUAAUGGACGGUCUCGCUCUCACUGUUACCUCUCCCGUGGCUUCCACUUCUUCUUCUUUCGCAAUUGCUCGGAAACCCAUUUACUCUGUUCCGUUCAUCACAACGAGAAGACUGAUAAAAGGCCGUUCUUUGUCGAAAUACCCCAAUAAAUUUGUAGUUUUUGCUUCUAAUGAUGAGCCUAGGCUCGACCCUUCGGACCUAAUGGAGCUCAAGUUCGGGCGCAUGCUCGGCGAGGACCCUAAACUCACCCUUGCCAAGAUAUUGGGUAGGAAAGCAAACCCAGAUGUUAGUUAUAUUGAAAUAGAGAAAACUUUUCACAAGAACAAGGGUAAAAUGCCUGAAGUGAAAGAUAUUCCUAUUGAUUGGUCUAAUGGUGGGCAGCCUUCAAAAUCAUUGGAUGGUUUGAAUUUGGUUAGGCCUGUUCCUAAGAAAGGCUUUGAAUUCAAAAAUGAUGAUAAUAAGGCAUUUGUACCUGAGAUUAAGAAACCGGUUCGGCCAGUUAGGAAGGCUGUUGAUGGUGUUAAGCGUAGUCUUCCUAAUGUUAUUUUGAGGAAACCAAGUAUGUUAAAUGAGCCUGAUGUUGAAGAUAAACCAUCUAGGUUGAGACUUCGACCGAAUUUGUCAUUGGCAAUGGGGAGUGAGCAAAAAAAGGAUGAGGGAUUUAGUGACAUGACCCUGUUGCGAAAACCCGAACCAAUGAGUGUGAGUGAAAAUGUUGAUUCGAAAGAAGACAAUUCGGGUGAUUUAGAUGCUGUAGAAGUUGGUGAUAUGGAGUUGACAAUGAAAAAAGAAGAGCUCGGCGAUGGAUUUAGUGAUUUCACUUUGUUAAAGAAGCCCGCUGCUAUGCCUGUCAAGACAGUAGAUGAAGGUUCUAAAGAGCAGGCUGCUAAUGCAGAUUAUGUAGAGUCUGAUGUUGUUGAUGCUAUAGGAAAUGAGAGCUCAAGGGAUUCAUUGGAACUGACUGGAACUGGCAAUGAAUUGGAGGAUCAUUCAAUAUUGAAGAAACCUACUCGAUUGCAGCCAGAUAAGCAGAGUGUGAUAGGUUCCAGUGAGAAGAUAGCAGAGAAGGAACCUCCUCCGGCCACGAGUUUAGUUGAUUCCAGUGCCAACUUAUCUGUGGAAGCUUCACUAAUAGUAAAACCAAAAAGAUUAGACCAAACUGCAAAGGAUGUGUCAGUAAGCCUGGACAGUGUUGAGGAACCUGCUGAGUUUGAGAAUCUCCCUGUUAAAUCAUCGAUGGAGGGAUUUGAAGAGGCUGAUUGGACUAGAGCAGAAAAUUUGGUUAAGAUGGGAGAUAGAGGAGAGGUGGAACUCAUAAGCUGUAGCAGUAGAGGUUUUGUUGUAUCUUUUGGCUCUUUAAUAGGAUUUCUUCCAUACCGAAAUCUUUCUGCCAAGUGGAAAUUCUUAGCAUUUGAGUCAUGGUUGAGAAGGAAGGGUCUAGAUCCAUCACUGUACAGACAAAAUUUAGGAGUUAUUGGCAAUUAUGAGACUGGAAAAAAUAGUCCAUUUCUUGAUAAGAGCCUAGAUCCCAACAUCGAUAUGAAAACUGGAGGAGAGAUUUCAUCAGAUAUGAAGGUUGAAGAACUUCUCAGGAUUUAUGAUCAAGAGAAAAUUAAAUUCUUGCAAUCAUUCAUUGGCCAGAGGCUCAAAGUAAAUGUACUGCUGGCCAACAGAAAAACUGGAAAACUAGUAUUUUCUCUAAAGCCAAGAGAGAAAGAAGAGCUAAUUGCGAAAAAGAAAAGUCUAAUGGCUAACCUUCAAGUUGGGGAUGUUGUGAAAUGCUGCAUCAAGAAGAUUACUUAUUUUGGUAUUUUUGUAGAGGUUGAUGGAGUACCUGCACUAAUACAUCAGACCGAAGUAUCAUGGGAUGCCACACUGGAUCCUGCAGCAUACUUUAAAGUUGGCCAGAUUGUGGAGGCAAAAGUUCACCAGUUGGAUUUUUCGCUUGAUCGAAUAUUCUUAUCCCUUAAGGAAAUUAUGCCUGAUCCCUUGGUUGAGACUUUAGAAUCUGUGGUCGGUGGUCGUGAUUCCAUGGAUGGGAGACUUAAAGCCGCUGAAGCAGAUGCCGAGUGGGCUGAUGUGGAAUCUCUUAUCAAAGAGUUGGAACAAAUUGAAGGCAUUCAGUCUGUGUCAAAAGGCCGCUUUUUUCUUAGUCCGGGUUUAGCUCCAACAUUUCAGGUUUACAUGGCAUCCAUGUUUGAGAAUCAGUACAAAUUACUUGCACGAUCAGAAAACAAAGUACAAGAGGUCAUUGUUGAAACGUCUUUGGAUAAAGAGGAGUUGAAAUCUGCAAUUCUAACAAGUACCAACAAAGUGAAUUAGUUCCUUCUUGUCCAGACUAGUGAAGUGUUCAAAUUCCUUUGAUAGCUACUCUUGACACAGGCAUUUUCAAGAAUAUUUUACUUACAGGUUGUAAAAAAAGGGGUCUUAUUCAAAAGGGGAGAAUGGAUCAUUUUUGCUUUCUUUUAUAAAGAUUCAUUCUGUAGACAGAAUCUGUAUAUUUUUUUAACCAUGUAAUGAAAAUUUUAGUGAUGUAAUUAGUAUUUAUUUGACACA